GGCACCUGUGUGAGCUGUUCUCUGGUGUAUUGGAGCAAAUGUCCUGCUAACUCUGAGCCCACAACACUCUUCACACACAGAUGUGUCUACACUGGCAGAAUAAGGAGCCUGAAGAGCGGCUGUGCCCGAUACUGCAAUGCCACUGUGCAGAUACCAAAGUGCUGCAAAGGUUUCUACGGGCCUGACUGCAACCAGUGUCCUGGAGGCUUCUCGAAUCCGUGCUCAGGGAACGGCCAGUGUGCGGACGGCCUGGAUGGCAAUGGGACGUGCGUUUGCCAAGAUGGCUUCCAAGGCUCCCAGUGUCAGUUCUGCUCUGAUCCCAAUAAAUACGGACCUCGGUGUGACAAAAAAUGUCUGUGCAUUUCCGGAACAUGCAAUAACAGGAUCGACAGUGACGGGGCCUGCCUGGCCGGCACAUGCAGAGAAGGCUCUGCGGGGAGGUUCUGCCACAAGCAGACCUCCGCCUGUGGGCCCUACGUACAGUUCUGUCACAUCCACGCCACCUGUGAAUACAGCAAUGGGACAGCAAGCUGUGUUUGCAAAGCAGGAUACAAAGGGGAUGGAAGCCUCUGUUCAGAAAUGGACCCUUGUGCAGAAAUCAUGCCAGGGGGCUGCAACCGAAAUGCAGAGUGCGUCAGCACGGGCAUGGGGACCCACACGUGCGUGUGCCAGCAGGGGUGGACCGGGGAUGGCAGAGAUUGCUCGGAGAUCGACAAGUGCCUGCUAGCCAGCACCAGCGGCUGCCACGCCAACGCAACAUGUUUGUACAUCGGCCCCGGGCAGAAUGAGUGUGAGUGCAAGGAAGGAUUUCGAGGAAAUGGGAUUGAUUGUGAAGCAGUAACUUCAUGCUUGGAACAAACUGGGAAAUGUCAUCCACUGGCAACCUGUCAGUUUACUUCUGGCCUCUGGAGUUGUGUUUGCCAGGAGGGCUAUGAAGGAGAUGGCCUUCUGUGCUAUGGAAAUGCAGCCGUGGAAUUGUCAUUUCUCUCUGCGGCAGCUAUAUUUAACCAGUGGAUAAAUAAUGCUUCUCUACAACCCAUGCUGUCAGCUGCCUCAAACCUCACUGUCCUCGUGCCUUCCCAGCAAGCUAUUGAGGACAUGGAUCAAGACGAAAAAACCUUUUGGUUGUCCAAGAGCAAUAUUCCAGCUCUAAUAAAAUACCAUAUGCUGCUGGGCACAUAUGGAGUGGCAGAUCUGCAGGCUCUGUCACCUUCGGACAUGCUGGCAACGUCUUUGCCCGGCAACUUCCUUCACCUGGCAAAGGCAGAUGGGAAUAUCACGAUCGAAGGGGCAUCUGUAGUUGACGGUGAUAAUGCAGCCACGAAUGGUCUGAUACACAUCAUCAACAAGGUUCUGGUUCCCCAAAGAAGCCUAUCUGUCUCCUUGCCAAACCUGCUCACCCGGCUGGACCAGAUGCCCGACUAUUCCAUCUUCCGGGGCUACAUCAUUCAGUAUAACCUGGCCAGUGCGAUCGAGGCAGCCGACGCUUACACAGUGUUUGCUCCAAACAACGAGGCCAUCGAGAAUUACAUCCGGGAGAAGAAAGUCACAACUCUAGAGGAGGACGUACUCAGGUAUCACGUGGUCUUGGAGGAGAAACUCUUAAAGAAUGACCUGCACCACGGCAUGCACCGGGAGACCAUGCUGGGCUUUUCCUACCUCCUCGGCUUCUUUCUCCACGAUGAGCAGCUCUACGUAAAUGAGGCCCCAAUAAACUACACCAAUGCGGCCACUGACAAGGGAGUGAUCCAUGGCUUGGGGAAAGUUCUGGAAAUUCAGAAGAAUAGAUGUGAUAAUAACGACACUACUAUUGUACAAGGAAAAUGUGGCAAGUGUCUCCAGCAGCCCGUCUGCCCAUUUGGAACUAAACAACUAGGUGAAGAGAUAAGGAGAUGUAUCUAUACCAUUUAUUUCAUGGGCAAGCGAACCCUGUUCAUUGGAUGCCGGGCAAAAUGUGUGAAAACCAUCAUUACGAGAGAAUGCUGUGCGGGCUUCUUUGGUCCCCAGUGCCAGCCCUGCCCUGGGAAAGCCGGGAACGUCUGCUUUGGAAAUGGGAUCUGCUUGGACGGAGUGAACGGCACGGGUGUGUGUGAGUGUGGAGAGGGCUUCGCGGGCACAGCCUGUGAGACCUGCGCCGAGGGCAAGUACGGCGCCCACUGUGACCAAGUGUGUUCUUGUGUCCAUGGGAGAUGCAACCAAGGACCCUCAGGUGACGGUUCCUGCAACUGCGAACUUGGCUGGCGAGGGGUGAGAUGCGACACUGAGAUCACAAAAGACGACUGCAAUGGGACGUGCCACACCAGCGCCAACUGCCUUCUCAAUCCAGACGGCACAGCCUCGUGCAAAUGCGCAGCAGGAUUCCAAGGGAACGGAACAGCGUGCACAGCCAUCAAUGCCUGUGAGACCAGCAAUGGAGGUUGCUCUGCCAGGGCUGACUGCAGGAGAACCACCCCCGGGAGCCGGCGGUGUGUGUGCCAGGCAGGCCACACGGGCGAUGGCAUCGUGUGCCUCGAGAUCAACCCAUGUUUGGAGAACAAUGGUGGCUGUCACAAGAACGCAGAGUGCACACAGACGGGACCCAACCAGGCGGUCUGUAACUGUUUGCCCAAAUACACUGGAGACGGGAAGGUCUGCACACUCAUCAACACCUGCUUAACCAAAAACGGCGGCUGUAGCGAAUUUGCUAUCUGCAAUCACACCGGGCCAGAAGAAAGGACAUGUACUUGCAAGCCCAACUACAUUGGGGAUGGGUUUACCUGCCGUGGCAACAUCUACCAGGAGCUUCCCAAGAACCCAAAAACGUCCCAGUACUUCUUCCAGUUGCUGGAGCAUUCUGUGAGAGACCUGAAUGGUCCAGGCCCCUUCACCGUCUUUGCACCUUUAUCUGCAGCCUUUGAUGAGGAACCUCGGAUUAAAGACUGGGACGAACAGGGUCUCAUGGCCCAGGUUCUUCGCUAUCAUGUGAUCGCCUGUCACCAGCUGCUUCUAGAAAACCUGAAAUUGAUCCCAAAUGCUACUUCUCUCCAAGGGGAGUCAGUUGUCAUCUCCGUCUCUCAGGACACAGUGUAUAUAAAUAAUAAGGCUAAGAUCAUAUCCAGUGAUAUCAUCAGUACUAAUGGAAUCAUCCACAUCAUAGACAAAUUGCUGUCUCCCCAAAACUUGCUUAUCACCCCCAAAGAUGCCUCUGGAAGGAUUCUGCAAAAUCUUACGACAGUAGCAACAAACCAUGGCUACACCAAAUUCAGCAACCUACUACAGGAUGUGGGCUUGCUGGGCAUCAUCACUGACCCUAUCCACACUCCGGUCACUGUCUUCUGGCCCAGCGACCAAGCCUUGCAAACCCUACGCCCCGAACAACAGGAUUUCCUGUUCAACCAAGACAACAAGGACAAGCUGAAGGAGUAUUUGAAGUUCCACGUGAUCCGAGAUUCCAAGAUUUUAGCGGUGGAUCUCCCCAGGACCACUGCCUGGAAGACCCUGCAAGGGUCAGAGCUGGGUGUGACGUGCGGAGCUGGCGGCGACAUCGGCGAGCUCUUCCUCAACGACCAAACAUGCAGAAUUGUGCAGCGAGAGCUCUUGUUUGACCUGGGUGUGGCCUACGGCAUUGACUGCCUCCUGAUUGACCCCACCCUCGGGGGUCACUGUGACACUUUUGCCACAUACAAUUUUUCGGGAGAUUGUUGGAGCUGCACCAAUACCCCCAGCUGCCCAAGGUGGAGUAAACCAAAGGGCGUGAAGGAGAAGUGUCGAUACAACAUGUCCUUCAAAGGGUACCUGGAAGGCUGCCGGGAGCAGUGCACCAUGGUGAUACGGCUCCCCAGGUGCUGCAAGGGCUACUUCGGGCGAGACUGUCAGGCCUGCCCUGGAGGAGCGGAUGCCCCCUGUAAUAACCAUGGUGUGUGCCUCGAUCAGUACUCGGGCAUAGGCGAGUGUAGAUGCAACACGGGCUUCAACGGGACGGCGUGUGAGCUGUGCCUGCCAGGGAGAUUCGGGCCUGACUGUCAGCUCUGCGGCUGCUCAGCCCACGGACAGUGUGAUGACAGCACCACGGGCUCCGGGCAGUGCUUCUGUGAAACGGGGUGGACGGGCCGCUUCUGCGACACUCAGACAGCCUUGCCCCCUGUGUGCACGCCUCCUUGUUCUGUUCAUGCCACGUGUAAGGAAAACAACACGUGUGAAUGUAACCUGAGUUAUGAAGGGGACGGAUUCACGUGCACAGUUGUGGAUUUCUGCAAACAGAACAAUGGGGGCUGUGCGAAGGUGGCCAGGUGUUCCCAGAAGGGCACAAAGGUGUCCUGCAGCUGCCUGAAGGGCUACAAGGGGGACGGCCACAGCUGCACAGAGAUAGACCCCUGUGCCAAUGGCCUCAACGGUGGGUGUCAUGAGCAUGCCUCCUGCAAGAUGACCGGCCCGGGCAAGCACAAGUGUGAAUGUAAAAGUCAUUACGUGGGAGACGGGAUAGACUGUGAGCCGGAGCAGCGGCCCAUCGACCGCUGUUUGCAGGACAACGGGCAGUGCCACGCCGAUGCCAACUGCGCCGACCUCCACUUCCAAGAUACCACCGUCGGAGUGUUCCAUCUCCGCUCCCCAUUGGGCCAGUACAAGCUGACCUUUGACAAAGCCAGAGAGGCCUGCGCCAACGAGGCGGCAAGCAUGGCAACCUACAACCAGCUCUCCUACGCCCAGAAGGCCAAGUACCACCUCUGUUCAGCAGGCUGGCUGGAGAGUGGGCGGGUGGCCUACCCCACAGCCUAUGCCUCCCAGAACUGUGGCUCCGGCAUUGUUGGAAUAAUAGACUAUGGACAAAGAAACAACAAGAGUGAAAUGUGGGAUGUCUUCUGCUAUCGGAUGAAAGAUGUGAACUGCACCUGCAAGGUGGGCUUCGUGGGAGAUGGCUUCUCGUGCAGCGGAAAUCUGUUGCAGGUCCUGAUGUCCUUCCCCUCGCUGACGAACUUCCUCAUGGAAGUGUUGGCCUAUUCCAACAGCUCAGCCAGAGGCCGGGCAUUUCUGAACCACCUGACGGACCUGUCGAUCCGCAGUACCCUCUUUGUGCCACACAACAGCGGGCUGGGGGAGAAUGAGACGCUGUCUGGGCGGGACAUUGAGCACCACCUUGCCAAUGUCAGCAUCUUUUUUUACAAUGACCUUGUCAACGGUACCGUCCUGCAGACUAAGCUGGGAAGUCAGCUGCUCAUCACCUCCAGCCAGAAGCAGCAACAACCGGAGACCAGGUUUGUUGAUGGAAGAGCCAUUCUGCAGUGGGACAUCUUUGCCUCCAAUGGGAUCAUUCAUGUUAUUUCCAGGCCUUUAAGAGCACCCCCUGUCCCACUGGCUUCAGUGCACACCAGCGUGGGAACAGGGAUAUUCUUUGCCACCGUCCUGGUCUUUGGAGCUGCCGCUUUGGCUGCAUAUUCUUACUUUCGGCUAAACCGAAGAACAGCUGGCUUCCAGCGUUUUGAGUCGGAGGAGGAUAUCCACGUCGCGGCUCUUGGCAAGCAGCAGCCUGAGAAUAUACCAAACCCCUUGUAUGAGAGCACCCCGUCCGCUCCCCCAGAGCCUUCCUGCGACCGCUUCAUGGACGCCGAAGACCAGCAGCUGGACAACAGUGACCCCCUGGGGGCGUUGUGA